AUGAAGCUGACAAUUACUCUCCUCGGGCUUGGCAGCGCUGCCUUGGUCGCAGGUCAUGGAUACGUAGAUAACGCGACUAUCGGCGGGAAUUUCUAUCAGUUCUAUCAGCCAUACACUGACCCCUAUACUUCACCUACGCCUAGCAGAAUCUCUCGACCGAUUCAAGGAAACGGCCCGGUGACCGACGUGACCUACGAUGAUCUGCAAUGCGGUGGCUAUACUGACGGGGGUAUUGUUGGUUCAUCGCCGGCCGCUCUACAUGCUCCUGCCGCCGCAGGCUCUAAGGUGACUCUACACUGGACCCUUUGGCCUGAUAGCCAUGUUGGGCCUGUUGUCACUUAUAUGGCCAAGUGCCCAAGCUCUGGUUGCACUGGCUACAUGCCCGGAAAGGACAAGGUCUGGUUCAAGAUCGCCGAGAGCGGCCGCACUGGGACGAGCGACACCUGGGGUGACACAUCCCUGAUGAAGUCAGGCAAUGCCGGCUACACCUACACCAUUCCGUCCUGCAUUUCGGCGGGUUACUACCUCGUUCGCCACGAGAUAAUUGCCUUGCACGCGUCCUACUCAUACCCUGGGGCCCAAUUUUACCCCGGAUGCCACCAAUUGCAGGUCACGGGAGGCGGAUCAACUAAUCCAUCUGGUCUUGUGGCUUUCCCUGGAGCCUACGCCGGCUCUGACCCUGGGAUCACUUACGAUGCUUACAAGGCUCAGACAUACACCGUACCCGGCCCAAAGGUAUUUACCUGCUAG